UUUUCGCAUCUCAUUAACUGAGUCCCGUUGUAGCUAUAGGUGAAGCUGCCUCUCUCUGCCAUACUGAAGCAGGUGUCCAACAUGGCGAACACUGGCAGCGGCUCUCUCGCGACUAUUCUCUUUUUAUUCAUGUUUCAAGCGGCUCUUCUUAAAGGAGCUGCACAGGAUCCAGUGGUGAGUCAGAACCUGGUGACAGACAAUGUGUCGGUCGUGGAGGGUGAGAUGGCGAUCAUCAGCUGUCGGGUGAAGGACAAUGACGACUCAGUUAUCCAGCUGCUCAACCCCAACAGACAGACAAUUUACUUCAGAGACAUGAGACCACUGAAAGACGCUCGCUUUCAGCUGGUGAACUUCUCAGACAACGAGCUGCGGGUGUCGCUGUCGAAUGUCUCGCUGUCAGACGAGGGGCGAUAUGUUUGCCAGCUCUAUACAGACCCCCCACAGGAAGCCUACGCUGACAUCACCGUGCUAGUUCCUCCAGGUAACCCCAUCAUCGAGGCCCGGGAUGAGGUCCUGAGCGAGGGCAACGAGACAGAGAUGACCUGCACUGCCAUGAGCAGUAAGCCUGCUGCCACCAUCAGAUGGAUGAAGGGAGAUAAAGAGCUUCCAGGCAAGCCCAAAGUUGAGCUGACCUAUGACAAGAUGUACACAGUAACCAGCCGGCUGACGUUCACUGUCAGCAAGGAGGAUGAUGGUGUACCAGUGGCUUGCAUCGUAGACCACCCUGCAGUCAAGGACUUCCAAGCACAGAAAUACCUGGAGGUUCAGUACAAACCAGAGGUAAAGAUCGUGGUUGAAUUUCCUCAGGGUCUGACCAGGGAAGGAGAGAACCUGGAACUGACUUGUCAGGCCAAAGGCAAACCCCAGCCACAGCGGGUGAACUGGGUGAAAGUGGAUGACGAUGUGCCGUCCCAUGCCGUCAUCACCGGCGCUGACCUUUACAUUGAAAAUCUAAACAAGUCCUACAACGGAACCUACCGCUGUGUGGCCUCCAACACAGUGGGGGAGUCUUUCGAUGACUACAUCCUCUACGUCUAUGAUGCUCCCACCACUCCCCCUAUACCCACCACAGCCACAACCACCACCACCACCAUCACCACCACCAUCUCCUACCUCGAAGCCAAUCAAGACACUGCGCCCAGCACUGAACCUGCAGCUCAUGAUUCACGAGCUGGAGAGGGAACACCCAGAACGGUGGACCAUGCAGUGAUCGGAGGAGUGGUGGCUGUGGUCGUCUUCGCCAUGCUCUGUCUACUCAUCGUCUUGGGGCGCUACUUCGCAAGACACAAAGGUACCUACUUCACACACGAAGCCAAAGGAGCAGACGAUGCAGCGGACGCAGAUACAGCCAUUAUCAACGCAGAGGGUGGCCACACCAACUCGGACGAAAAGAAAGAGUACUACAUCUAAUCAAAACAGGACCCCCUCACUCUAGUGUCCUCUUUGGGACACUGAGCAGUUUUUGGGGCCGGGGCAGGGGGAGAAGGGGGUUUGAUGGAUGGUACAGGAUCACUUUUAGUGAGAGUAGAGGGGUCAGGAGUAGAAGAGAUGUGGUUCUAAAGAAAGGCCUGGUUUUAUGCCGUUGUUUAGUCUAGUCUGCAGAUGUAGAUGGAAUGUUUUGUGUGUAAAAAAAAUUAAAAAACAAAAAAGGACAAAAAUCGGGAGGGUUUGGGGUUUUCGGUACUCUGAGAAGGGGAUGGGGUUGGGGGUGGGAAAGGGUGCGCCAGACGUUGCCAGAAAUCACUGUAGAGAGCUUCACCAUUCGACACCUCCCUAACUGCUGGUACGAAUUUUAUUUAGUUCAACCAUUUGCAGAAAAUUCUGUGCCUUGUUCUAUCCAUAUUUUGGAUUUGUGUUGAUCCUCAUUUGCAUAACCUUGUUGCUCCCCUUUUUUCCUGUUCCAUCUUUCCCACUCGUAAUCAUCAAUGUGCUGUUGGCUUUUGUAUGAGGGUAAAAUUACACAGCCACUUUAUUCAUUUCCCUAAAUGUGUCUGCACACACGCGUCCUCUACUGCAUAACAAAAACUCUUUCCAGUAUACUGUGAUUUGUCUCAAGCUAUUACUUCCCUCUCUUUUUUUUCCUUGAAGUUUUGACAACUCCAAAUGCAUGGAAUGCUUUACAUAUCAUUGUACAAAGGACAUAAAUGAGAAACAGGUUUGAUGUACUGUAUAUGCUUUCCCUGCCCUCUCCUGAACCACAACCACAUCCAAAACAUAAUCAAAAAAGAAGGCAGCAAAGGAUAAAAUUAAAUGAUUUUAUUGGGCCAAUUCAGUUUUUAAAUUCAUGUUUUACAGCCUCAGUUUGUUCUUCAAAGCAGAUUUACUACUGCCUCUUAAACAAUUACCUUUCUUAGUAAAGAGAAGUGGUACAUUAUUUUUCCUCACUGUGCUGCCAUUUCAUUAUUUUGAUUUCUUCCUCUGUUCAGUACUGUUUUUCUUCUAUUAGUCUGAAUUGAAGCUCUGUUUUUCCCACCAGCUUUUAUUGAGUUGUAAUGAUGAGAUUCAAUUGAUUUCCAUCUGCUCUCACUCUACAAUAUUUUUCUUACAAAUGGGAAAGUAAGAAAAUGUAAAUUGUUUUAAAAUUGUUUUUGGCAGACUCUCAGUCAAGAUGCCUCAGUAAUAAAAAGGCUGUUGAAAAAAGUAUUUGGUAUUAAUAUUGGCCCAGCAGCAGCCAAAAGAUGCUGGUGUAUUGUACAUAACUUAACGGAAAAGAGAAACAGCCUUAACCAAACUCCAAACUGAAACAUGUUUAAAUUUAUUUUAGGAAUACAUAAUCUGCACAAAACAUCCUCCCUACAGCGGGUCCCUGUUAUCUCAUAGACACACAAUCCAAUGUAAAUCAAGCCAAUGGAAUCACAGUUGUAUUGUACACUAAUCCUUACUAAGAAAUAUUUUUUACAACUUACUAGAAUUACAAUGGAGUACCUUUGUGGGUUUUAUUGUGUUACACUCAUUGUGAGUUUUGUCAAAAUGUAAAACAAGCAAAUGUUUGGGAAAGUAAAUGCUCUGAGAGACAGGCCAGUCUGUCCACUUCCAUCGCACCUUCGAAAUAUAUAUUUUGCAGCCGCUUGAGUGGGUAAACACUUGAUCAUUUUUGCAUGUAUGUACGUGCUAAAACUCAUUGUUUUUGCUUCUCUAUCUUGCUUUAUGUAUCACCUGCCAAAACUGAAUGAGGAUCUGUUUUGCUGUGCCAGCUGGGGAGCACUGAGGAAUGCCAAAAGUAAUUAAUUGUUUGAAACGGAACUUAAUGCACAUGUUGUGCUCCGUGGUGGUGAUCCAUGGGUUACAUUAUUGCCCUGGCUUCUUAACAUGGCAAUGAGCGUCUAUUCUAGGCAUUGUUUGUCAUAAUUAUGUGUUCACACAGCAAGCAGCUCACUUAAUGAGUCCUUACUCUAUAUGACAGCUGUGGGUGGAUUUAGGUGGAGGUCUAGGGCACUUAUUCCUGCGGCUUUUCAAAAUAAAGCUGUUCUGAAGUUCAAAUCAGUUGGACAAAUUUAAACAUGUCAAAUCAGUCAAGAAAAAAGUUUAAUUAAAUGCCUGAUGAUGGGGUUUUUUCUUACAGUAAAGGCAGAUACACAUUUUACUGCAGCGCAAAAUCAAAACUUGCCAUGUUUGCUGCUAUUUAUAACAUUUGAAAAAAGACCAUACAUUUUACGAGAUUAGGAUUCAGAAAAUACAUUUUACAUCAAUAACGAUGAGAUUAGAAAAUGCAUAUGAAAAGUAGAUAGGUCUCAUUAAGUGUCUUGAUACCGUUUGCAUGCAUAUUAAUGAGAAAAUAGGCAAAUACUUUGUUUCAGCAAAGUCAUAAGAUUUACUGUCUCAUCGUGUAUCCAAACUAUAACCAAAAAAGUGCUUUCUUCAAGGUAACAGAGCUACUACUGCAACUUAUGAAAAACAAAAACAAGCAAAUGAAGAAAUACAUUUCACAACAUACACCUGUACCUGUAAAUGGCAUGAAGACGCAAAUACAAAUAAAUCAAUUCUGAAAGUCAUAACGAACACUAAAGACUGAUGAAUUUGGAAAUUAUGUUUGAAAAUUAGUUUGUUUUACCUUUAAAAUCCUGAAUAUGCAAUAUUAUUGGAGAUAUCGCUACACAUUUACCAGUGUAAACGUAUAAAUUAGCAUGUUCAUGCAUUUCCCAGGGCGCCCCAGAAAUAACUACUGUUGCUCUCAACUAAUGGCAGCAUUUCUUUAUUUUAUUGUGUUUCCUGUAUUUUCCAAGUGUGUGCCUUUAUGCCAUUUAUGUGUUGUCACAUUUGUGAAUAUGCUUCUUAUCUUGCUUAUGUUUGAGAUGUUUGAAGCGCUUCUUCUCGUACUAGUGGUAAAGAUCAUUUCUUCAUUUGCUUGUGUUCUCUUCAGUUGCACUGCUGUACUUUUUGCUCUUCCGGUAACCUCAGAUUUCACAUGAGCCUUUUAGUUUUCCAAUACAUUGAAGCUGUUUUAAUUGUAUCUAUACAAUAUAUAUUAAUAUCAAUCAUAUCUAACGAUAAAACAUAAUCACUUUUUAUUAAAAUGCUAUUAGACGCCUUUGGGACUUAAUGCUGUGGCUUGCUGUGUGGACACUCAUAUCCAAGAUUCAAUACUAUAUUGCCAUGUUAACCUUUAAUUGGAAUUCCUCAAUGUGCAGCUCAGAUUGCAACACAUUAACAAUGUGAUAGCUUUAAUAUACCAUAGUCAUGCAUGAAGACAGCAUUCAGUCUUUCCAUAUUGAAAUUGUGGUUUAGGGGUCGUCGAAAAAAGGAGCUGAGAAGGUUCUUGUGAAGUGCAUUACGCAAAUUUCACUCUGCUGAACAUAAUGCAUCCGUGUAGUCAUUCGAUAUAUUUUUUUGCAGUUUUAGAAGACAGCCUGGGACAUGGCUAGGUGGUAGCCGUAGACUAUUUUUUAGCUUUUCCAUUGCGGUUGUAGAUGAGGGCUACAGGAGUGAUGUUGCAGACAAAGAUCAAGGACGUGGUUUCCAUCUCGCUCCAACUGUUCAUUUCUCUGUUAAAACUUGAGUUAAUUUAAAAGUUCUGUACUCACAAAGGAAUUACCACUAAGUUAACACUGUAUGCUGAUGACACUGUUUUGUGUUUGUUACGUGGUUGGGUGGGGGUUGGGAAGGGUUCUGAUUAGGUUUGAUGUUUUACAGUCUGGUGUCUGAUAAAACUAUUAACUGACUUGUUAUCGUUGCUUUAUGAAUCACAGAGCAGAUGCCACUUCAUCUGCAAGACUGAGAUUGUGUGAUUUGUAUUUUACAGUGAGCACUAUUUCGCUUCAGUGACAUGUGGCAGCUUUCAUUUAAAUCGGACUUCAAAAUAUGUCUUGCCAAUAAAGGAAUAGAACUGAAUAUUGUCUUCUCCCUUAAGGCUGAUGCAUUAAUAUUUUAUUUGUGCAUAUUAAAUCUUUUGUGUAUUGGAACGGCAGGAGUGUUUCUCCAAAUGUCUACCAUAAUUUUGAUCUCCUAAAGUUCCAAUGUAGAAAGUACCAUGAGCAAAACAACUCAAAAACAACAUUGAGUAGGUUUGAAUAUUCAGAAAUGAUGAGGAUUCAAUUUGAAACAAAUAGCAGAAUUAUAUUUUAGGUUACUGUAUGUAUCAUUUUAUUUUCUGUUUAAUGCCCAGUGACGUAAAAAUGGUCUUACAGUGUAACUGGUGUAGUUUUCUCCACAUUAAAUUCUUUUGAUAGUG